AUGACUGACGAUCAUCCCUCGUUAAUCACUAAAAUUGCGCACCUUGAAAAAUAUAUUGAAUACCUACAAUCUACCAUGAAUGAUCUCACUAAAGUAAUUAAUGAUAUGAUUGAAAAGCAACUGCAUGAACCUACUUCUAAUCUUAAAAUCAAUGAUAACCCUCCAAAUGAUGAGUCAGUUAUGUCCACUCCAAUAUUCCCCCAAACACAAAUACAAGCACCAUCUUCUACACAAACACAUACACAUACACACACACCACACACACCACACACACUUACACACAACAAAAAAGAACAAAUUCCUAUGAAGAACAAAUACCAAAGCCAGUUCACCGCUCAACAUCUUACUGGAAACGAUGAAAACAAUAUUCUUCAUAUGAUCUCCUGCCUAUGCAAUUGGCAUGAGAAAUCUAAAGGUUUAAUAGCUAUGAGAAUUAGUAAACCACCAGACUCAAGCUGCUUCAAAACCACUGUUACAGUUAAGAAUUUACAAUCACUACAAGAAAUCCUCUCUAACACCGAAUGGUCUCGCCUCAAAACUUAUACUCAACUAGCUGAAGAUUCCCGUUUUGAAGUCUUUAUCAACCUCUCUACAGAUUUUGAAGAACAUGAAAUCGUAAACGUCGUUAAAGAUAUCACCACUAAAGCAGGAAUUACUAUUCACCCAAACUCUAUCAAAAUCGAUGAAAAGACAUCUCCUUUUAAUCCUGAAGAAUCAUAUUAUAACAUCAUAGUGACUCUUAAAUCUGAUACUGAAGUCGAUCGUAUCUUAGAAGUGGUCCAUCCUAUUGAAACCAAGCAUGGCAGAAUCAUCACAAAAUCCUUCAAGUCCAAAGCGCAGUUCUUUAAAGAAAAAGCUAUCUCCAAAUCAAAUCAAUCAACAGAGAAAGAAAGCUCUAACUUCUCAACUAUUAUUACUCCAAAUAAUUAUGAAGCAAGGUUUACCAGCCUUGAAAAAAGAGUCUCCAAUAUGGAAAGCAAUAUAUCAUAUAUUGCUAAGAAUAUGGAAACUCUAAUGCACAGCGUUAAAUGA